AAGGGUAUGAAAGGAGGGUCGAGCUAGUCCUUAAACCCUUCGAAGAAGAGGAUUCAUGGGGUGGUAAGAAUGUUCAGUGGAUGAUGGAGUUAGUGCUGGCUAGUUCGCAUAGUCUGGUGGAGGACAUGAGGACGAUCGAGGAAGGACCAAGCCAGGUAGAACGACAUGAGGACAUGAUGGGAGGAAUGUAUCUCCUCGUCAACAUGUUAUUGCAGGAAAGCCUCAGCCAGUCAGGCUCGUUGAACCCGGCAGGGAAUGUGGACGAAGUGUCCGAGAGCCAGGACGACAAGUUCGAGGAGGGGGAGAUUAAGGAGGCCUUUCGUGCAGAGGAGUAUGACGGAAUCUACUUAGAGUUGGGGCUCCUUUUGUCUUGCAAAAUGCGGCUAAGGGAUGCGAGCGAUAGGGCUCAGAGAAUGCUACAGCGCUACUUAGUGCGAGACGGCCACCUUUUCAUAAGGAGAGAAGUGGGGAAUCCCAGGAGAGUCGUCUGCGGUAGGAACCGUCAGAUUGACGUCAUAGCAGCGCUUCAUGAUGGCAUUGCAGGAGGGCAUCGAGGGGUACAAACCACGUAUGCCAAAAUAAGUGACAUGUACUACUUGGAUGGGAUGAUGGCCAUGAUCAGGAAGUUCUGCCGAUCUUGCGUACCCUGCCAGGAGAGAUCCCGUUUGAGGCAAGGAAAAUCGUUGCAUCCAAGGCUAGAGCGAGGGUUGGGGGCUGUAGUGCAUCUCAACCUACUUUUCAUGCCACUUGGGGAUCAGGGCUAUAACUAUAUCUUCGAUGCGCGCGAUAACCUGUCUAGGUCUGACUUUACGAAGACAGUCAUGCCAAGAGGAGGGAAGGGGACACGGCCGCCUCGGAGGCCUUUGGGCGCAUCAGGAGGGUACGAGUGGCAUGGGCCUCGCCAUCGAGAGAGCACUCCAGAGUACGAUGGUGACGACAUCGAGCUAUUCCUGGACAGCUUCUGGGAGCAUGCGCGGCUGGAGUUCCAUCGGUUUACCGAGGGUGGAUUGAGGAGGUCGCUAGCACACACACAGGAGGAGCCGCCAGCGUCUGAGGGGCCCUUGAGGGAAUUGGAGGCGCAUUUGGAUAUCUCUCAGUGGGGAGCGUCGCCUUGGGGUGAGGAGCAUGGAGAGCAGGCAGAGGAGAUGCCACGAGAGGAGGUGCCACGAGAGGAGGUGCCACAGGAGGAGGUACCACGAGAGGAGGUGCCACGAGAGGAGGUGCCACAGGAGGAGGUACCACGAGAGGGGGUGCCACGAGAGGAGGUGCCACAGGAGGAGGUACCACGAGAGGGGGUGCCACAAGAGGAGGUGCCACAGGAGGAGGUACCACGAGAGGGGAUGCCACGGGAGGAGGUCCAGGAUACUCAGCGAGAGAGAGGGCUGGGCGAUGAGGGGAGACGUGCAGGGAAGGAAGUGAUAGAGGUUGAAGAGGACACGCCCCCUCAGACGCCAACGACAGCUGAGGAAAAGAGGGCGAGAAGAACCAGGAAGAUAGAAGAGAUAUGGCAAGAGCGGCAGAGGUUGGAGGCGGCGGGGGCACUCCCGGGUCAGCCACCCAGCGAGCCAGCUAAGGCCCCAGAAAUCCCAGAGACGUGGAGGGACUUCUGGGAGCAGAGAGGAGAGGAGCUCCCUUCGCCAAUCAGAGUCGGGUUUGGGAUAGCAAGAAAGGCGGAAGAGAGAUUGGAUCGCAAAAUCAAGUUCCUGGCCAAGACAACUUUUAACCGGCACUUGUUAUUGGAAAGCGAUCUGGCUGGGAAGAAGACAAAGGAAGAAGGCCAUGGAGUACGCCUGGAGGCUAUGGAGGUGGAAAUCCAGGAACUCAGGGCAUUGGUGGCCAGUCAGGCAACCAUCAUCGAGAGCCUGAGGAAGCAAACUCAGGGAAAGGUGGACAAGCCAGAGAGCAGCCGGCAGGGAGAGCAGAGGCGGCCAGGACAGGGGUUGUCAGGGCAGCCAUCUGCAGCGGAGCCCCGCCGGGAGCCACCUAUGGGGAGAGUUAUCCUGGAGCCAGAGGAGGCGAGAGCCCAGAGGGAGGCGGAGAGAAAGGCCUUCGAGUUCAGAGCCCCUACCGAGCUCGCGACGCUACCUGUAGCAGCGGCGGACCCAGUCGUACCUUUGGCAGUUGAGGAGGGACUACCACCAUCUAGCAGUGAGCCGGCUCAAAGCUCAGCAGAGGGAUCCAUGAGCGUGCUCCUUGAGGCACUGUAUACUAUGCAGGAGGAGGCGAGUUUGUUUUCGCCCGAGCAGAGGAUAGAGGAGUCUCUUGAGAGAGAGAUGGGGAUUGAGGUGGAGGGUGUCAUCGAGGGCGGGCUCCAGAGGUUGGGCACGCCUGAGUAUGAGCCAGAGGAGAUUGAGGAGCAGCCCAUGGUGGUGCCAGGAGAGAUGCUCGAGAGGAGACCUCAGAGGUUGGACGCGCCUGAGUGCGUCCCAGCGACAGGGUAGCAGACUGGGAUCUUGGGCUACUGGAUCUGGGUCUGGGGGACCGGUUUCUGGGAUAGAGCAGCAAGAGGUUGU